GCGCCGCCGGCCUCCCACCCCGACCCGCGCCCGCGAUGCUGGCGCUGCGCUGCGGCCCCCGCCUGCUCGGCCUGCUCCCGGCCCCGCGCUCCGCGCCGCUGCGCCUCCCCGCGGCCCGCGCCUGCAGCGGCGGGGGCGCCGGCGACCCGUCCUCUACCUCCCGGAACCCGCUCGUGUACCUGGACGUGGGCGCCGACGGGCAGCCGCUGGGCCGCGUGGUGUUGGAGCUGAAGGCAGAUGUCGUCCCAAAGACAGCAGAGAACUUCAGAGCCCUGUGCACUGGGGAGAAGGGCUUCGGCUACAAAGGCUCCACCUUUCACAGAGUGAUUCCGGCCUUCAUGUGCCAGGCGGGCGACUUCACCAAUCACAACGGCACAGGGGGGAAGUCCAUCUACGGAAGCCGCUUUCCUGACGAGAACUUCACACUGAAGCAUGUAGGACCAGGCGUCCUGUCCAUGGCAAAUGCAGGCCCUAACACCAAUGGCUCCCAGUUCUUCAUUUGCACCAUCAAGACAGACUGGUUGGAUGGCAAACAUGUUGUGUUUGGCCAUGUCAAAGAGGGCAUGGAUGUCGUGAAGAAAAUAGAAUCAUUUGGCUCCAAGAGUGGGAAGACGUCCAAGAAGAUUGUCAUCACAGACUGCGGCCAGUUGAGCUAACCCGUCAGGGCCAGGGCACUUGGCCGGUGGCAGCUGCACGUUUGUCGACUCACCCAGGUGGCCGCCUUGGGCUCCCAGUGAAGGUGCCCAUAGAGUUGGCCGUGCUCGCUCUGCCAUCACUGUGUGCUCGAGGAAGCCUUCUCAGGGAUAUGGGAGCUCCACAGGACCCACCAGACAGUCUCCCCAGUGCCCACCCUUCCUCGCGACCCCGUUUCUGGACAUUCGUCAUGGACAUCUUGUCGCCACUCCUCACCAGGCAUCGCCUGUGAUGGCCCAGCCCAAGUUCAUCUGUGCCUUGCAAAUUGAGGUGGUGAUGAGUUAGCUUCCAGUGCAGUUUCUGCCUUUUCCUUGACCACCGGGGAAAGCCAGUCGCUGCAAGAGGGCUGGUGUCUCUGUUUAAUGUCGUCUUCCUAAUUGGGGUAAUCUAUUGAACAAGAUUGCCUGGAGAUGAAGCUGUGACACUAACUACUCCAUGCUGUGGUGUGACCUGAGUUGGUGGCCCAAGUCACAGAACCCCAACCCCAGAGUUUGGCCUCUGGACCACAAUCAGGGCUUUUGUGAAGAGUCCCACGGCUAAGGCCUUUUACCCAGUCACUGUGAAUCCCGUGGUUUGCUGCUGCGUUUUUGAGGCGAGUUCGCUGGGGUGGAAGCUGAUGAACCUGGGAACAAACCCACUGCGAGCGAGCUGUGCCUAGCCAAUGUGAAUCCCUGGGUGGGAAACGGAAAUGCCUGUAAGUGCCGUGUGCUCUGCAAGAAAGUAAACGUGUAUUUUCUGGUAAGCUUAGAUUUUUCUGUGUUUAAUGAAUUAAAUCUGCUAAUUAUAUAUAUAAUACACUUCUGGAACAUUUAUUUGUGUUCACCUUAAAUGUGAAAAUAAAUCCUAUUUUCUGUAAAA